AGCAAGUAAAGUUACUUUAACUCUCUGGGCUUAUAAAGCCUUACUUUUGUAAUUGGCAAGCAUAUCAUAACUAUGUUUCCUAAUAAGUUAGAUGCAGACGUUUUACUUUUCUGCUAAUGUGACUGAUUUCUGCAAUAUUAACAGGUGUUCGUUUUUUGUUUUGUUUUUCCUGCAUAAAUAUUUAAUAACAAUGAAAAUAUUAGAGAAAAUGGCUGAAAUAUUUCAUGGCAUUACUUUGUCGUCAGAUAAUUAGCUUUGGGUGUUGUAUCUUAGUUGCAACAAAUUAGGUCACUGGCUAAAGUCACCUAAUGCAAUUGGAGAAUAUUGAUCGAGCAAUGCUACAACAUAGAUGCGAUAGCACUUCAAGAUUUUCCCCUUUCAGACAUGUUUGACUGUUGACCAAAACGUUCCUGUACAAAGAACGUGAAAGUAAAACACACAAAAAAAUCAAAUCAAAAUGAUUUCUUCUAACAUGAUGUCUUUUAUGAAGAAGAUCGUGAAGACUUCUGAAAAUGAGGACGGAGCAACUUCAGGUCCUAUCAAUAAGCUGAAGCAGACGUUUACAACGGGACUUCAGGAAAUCUCAUUAACUCGUGAUCGAACUGCUCCCAGCAAAGCAGGUAAAACAGCAACGCCUCGUCUAACGGACAAAGAGCGCUCACUUCUUCGAAUGGUUUGGGAAAAGGAUGAUCACAUAGAACAGGAACCUCGUAAAGCAAGUUUACCAAGGCCAGUAGAGACCGUGACUCAAAGGAUUACAUCAGGAGAUAGUUGUCGAAUAUGUCGAAAGAAUAUUUCUUCUGAUGAGCAGAGCAGGAAAUGUGACGAAUGCGGUCAGUAUGUAUGUGAAGAUUGUGCUUCUUACUCCAGAGACCCAAAUGACUCCUCUCAAGAAUGGAAAUGUAGCUUCUGCAGAAGAAGGCAGGGUCAAGAUCGAUUAGGGUUAGAACCUCCACCAGGGUCAGGCAUGCAUCGAGUGCCAUCAGUUCGUCGAAUGGCACAAAAGGCAAGGAAGGAAAGCCCAGAAAGUUCAUUCUCGACUCUUGAUGCAGGCAGCGACCUUGACGUUUUGCAACCAUCAGAUGGAAGAAAUGGUGCUAAAUACCGUUCACUAAAGGAUGAAAAGGUGCCAUCCUUCAGUGUUAUCCCUAAGAAUUUUAAAGACUUAAACAUAGGUGUAGCGAAUGAAAUAACAAGUAAAGAAAGAUUAAGGGUACAAAAGCUACACGUGACAGGAGACAAUCAUGUGAAACAGAGUUCUUCCAGAAGAAAAGGAUGUAGACCACCUGUAGAAAGACAGAAAUCCAUUGAAGUUCCAAAAGAGAACAAAAAAAAGGGAAACGUUUUAGCUACUUCAAAAGAAUAUUUUUCAAGGCCCUCAUCUCCAGAUAAACGGUUCAGAGAGCGAUAUCUUUCAUCUGAAACUUUAAGUGAUCGUCGUUCCUCAUCAGAGUCCACGAAGGAUGCAAUUAGAUCAAAGUUGUUGUCCUUUCAAAUUGUUCCUCGAACAGUGAAACCUAGUGGAUCCGAUCGUAUAACACAUCCGUCACAUACGAACCAUAUUCGGCAGUCCAGACUUUCUUCUGCUUCCGAGAGUUCUUUGGAAGAGCGUUAUAUUAGAGAAGAGCAGGAACGUAGGCGAAGAAGUAGACAUAAACGUCGGUCGAAAUUCCAGCGACAGAAAUAUUACGUUGAAGAACCAGAUUCGGAUCCAAUUUAUUAUAGAGACGACUACUUGCCAAAAGCAAAUAUGACAACUUCGCUGGAAUCAAGCAGCGCUCUUGAGAGCCUUGAGAAGGACCUAGACAACGUCUCGAAACGUUGCCAUAAUUUGGGAGUACCGAAACCUACAGAAAACCAACUUCGACAUAUUGUAUCUGAAACGGCUCUGUACAUACGGAGAUUCAGUUCUGAAAGCUCCGAUGCGAGCGAUGUCAGUGGAGAUAUAUCUACACACAGUGAUCGGAGCGGUUGCAGUGUGACUCACGAGGGUUAUCAUAAUGGAGGAAAACUUGCAGUUCGCAGUAUUAGAGUUAAACGGAAAGAUAUUAAACAUCAUAGGAGUACACCUUUCUCAAAAGGCGGUUCUUUCAGUCCAACAGGAACAGUGGAUAGUUCUCCAUCCCCAGAUGAUCAUUCAAAUCUUUCUACAGAUAAAUCAUGUUCAAUAGACGAUGGAGAUAUUUUCAACGUAUCGUCCCCAGGCAUUAGAAGAAGUAUUCCUUCUGUACUGGUAGACUCAGUCGUAGACCAUGAGAGGUCUCUUUUUACAACUGGUCUAUAUGUCAAAGAUGGUCCCUUUCCAAGAAGAAACAGUACCGGAAGAACUCUUCCUCAGCUCCCUGCACCGGAAAACCAGCUUGGUCUGCAUCCUUCGUCACAAAGUAAAACCCGCAGUACUCAUUCUCUUGAUCUGCCCAGAGAAGAAACUGGAUGGACAGAAAGAAGAGCGUCAGCUCCUGAGGGAGAAAACAUCAAAAUCAUAAUUGAUGACGUAGAUUCUGACCAAAAUGGUACAUGUACUAAGACAUCUCGAAGAGAGAUUUUGCAAUCAGUAAGACUCCAUCGUGAUCCAAACGAACCAGUCAGGGGAUUUGGCAUAAGGGUAAAAGGAGGGAAGUUCUCUGAAGAUGGACACUUACAUGCUUAUGUCGCUUCGAUUGUUGCUGGUGGAUCAGCAGAAAAGAAAGGUCUCGACCAAGGAGACCGUAUACACGAGUGGAAUGGAAUCUCACUAGUAGACAAGACAUAUGAAGAAGUAACGGCUAUUAUCGAGCGAUCCAGUGAUACAGCUGAACUAGUAUUUGAAAAAACAUCGUGGAACAGGAACCCGAGCGAUCAUCAAGAAGGCGUUGCGAAUCCUCGUCUAAAACAUGCAACUUCAAGUCUUAUUCUGAGAACAGAUCACGAAAUCGAGGCAGAGUGUCAAUCCACAUCUCCAACUAGAAGAAAGUUACCUAAAACUCCCGAUGAAUUUACGCGUACUAGUUAUAUCCAGGGGGAUAUUGAAGUACAGAUCUGGUUUGAUCAGACUCAGAGUAAUCUAGUCAUUACGCUCCUUUCUGCCAGAGGUCUACGAUGUAGAAAGUCUUCUUCUGGUAAAUUACCUUGUGCCUAUGCAAAGCUCCGAUUGAUGCCUAACUCGGGGUUUAAUGCGAUGAAAACUCAUGUGGCAGAACCAACCAGAAGCCCAGAGUGGAAUAAAACAUUUAUAUUUCCAUCAGUUUCUUCCGAAGAGUUACUUGAUAAGUCACUAGAAAUUACAGUAUGGGACCAGAGCCCAUCCGGAAGCAAGACGUUUUUGGGAGAAACCCAGAUUCCAUUACGACGGGCAGACUUACAAGAUUGUCCCAAGUGGUACCUUUUAACUUUACAUCAGAUGGCGCCAGCUCACCAGAUCAUGCUGGGCAGUAAUACAGCAUAUGAUACUGCUCAGAGAGUAUCACAACGUUCAGGCCAAAAUGAAACUGUUUCUACCCAUUCUUAUUUUGAUGACAAAGAUUAUCGUGAUAAAGGAGAAGAAAGUGCAGUGAAAAGCUUACCCUUGAAUUCAGCAUUUUUUCGUCGUGAAGAUACAGGCUACCAAGUGCAACGGAUGUCACAAUAUAGUAGGACGAGUAUGAUCCUAGCGCCAUUAUGCAGCGAUUCGAAAUAUAUCAACAAGAAAACAUCUUCAGGCCUUCACUCCCAGGAUAGUUUACCAG